AUGACCCUGAGAUUGCACCGGAAGAAUAUCUCCUCAUGGGUUCUCAUUUCCGGCGACAUUGUUCCAGCAGUUUCCGAGAAAGCCUGUUACCCGGUUGAAGCAGUUUUCGAAAAAGCUUGUUACCGGGGUGCUUACAAGGCACUAGUUUCCUUAGUCAUUCCUACAAACGCUUCCACAUGGGCACUUAUUGGUUGUUGGCUAUGUUUUCCUUCUUUCUUUUCUAUGGUGUUGCCCAUAUUGAAGCUUUAUAAACCUUCUUUUCACUUCCAACCUCACAAGAAUUGGAUGAAUGACCCUAAUGGCCCUAUGAGAUACAAGGGACUAUACCAUAUGUUCUACCAACACAAUCCAAAAGGUGCAAUAUGGAGCAACAAUAGUAUUGUUUGGGGCCAUUCUAUUUCAAAGGAUCUAGUGAAUUGGUUAUCAUUACAACAUGCUCUUAUUCCAAGUGAAUCACAUGAUAUCAAUGGUUGUUGGUCAGGAUUUGACCCUUGCAUUGUCCUUGGUGAGACGGUUACCAAUUUAUAAAAUGUUAUAUUAUUGUUGAAGGAAAAAACAAUUAGCAACCACAAAAAGAAAAUUUGAUAAGAGAGGAUUUACAAAUGUGGAUGAUUAAGAGAAGUGCUCCAUUUGCUAAGGUGAAAGUGACAAAGAAUUCUGAUCACAUGGUCAUGUUCUCUCAUCCAAAGAGGCUUAGCUCUUUUCGUCUAAAGAUUGCACAAAAAUACUAGUCCUUACUUAAAUUUAAUCCUAAUAAUUAUAUAAUAUGAUAUUUGUGCAUGUGGUAAAAACAAAUUAAUAUGUAUUUCAA